CAGACGCAACUCCGAUCGCAACCAUGUUGACCCUUAAUAUUGCUUAUACGGAACCAGUGAACAAUCCCGCCGAUCCAACCUUACCAGUCCUCACGCAAGAGCAGGUAUGGGACGGCCUGAAACUGAAGGCCCGGCGUCCCCAGGAUUUUAUCCCGUCCUUAGAUGACUCUCGGGUCAUUGAGGAACGGGAAGAUGGAGCCUUCAUCGUGAGAGAGGCACACGUUGCAACGAAUCUCCACCAAUCUCCUAUGGCUGGGAAGUGGACUAGAGAGGAAUGCCGAUUGCACGCGCCGGUCAGGACUUACUUUAUACUACCUGGCGGGUCGGCGGUUGAGAAUAUAGUCUCUGUCGGACAUGACCAAAACCUGUACCUCACCUUUACCUACGAGUGGAAGCUGCCUGAUAUUAAACCCGGGACAAGCGAGGCACGGAAGGCAGAGGGUGACCAUAGGCAAAUUGCGAUAUCGUCUGUCCAAGGGACUAUCCGAAGGUUGAGACAACUUGCUGAGGGAAAGGCCUUGUGAGCCGCGGACAGUAAAUGCUUAGGGCGGUUGUGUCUAGGGUUGAAACUAACCUGUGUAGCUAUCUUACCAGACAUGUCCGUGGUACAGAAGAAUGAGGGCGAUA